GAUUUUGCUGCAGCUCCAGCCGAGAGAGGGAGCGCUUUUUCAGAGCGACUGUACCUAGCGUGUAGGACGGUAUCGGCAGCUGCAGCUCCUCAGUGACCAUGCCAGCUACAGCCCAGGCCCGAUGUCUCUGUGCUAUCAGCAGUAGAGGAGCUGCUAUUGCAACCAUAUCGCUAAUCUGAGCCGUGAACAUAAAGACCAUCAUCUUUAAUGGCUCGUUUGUCCUAUAUGCGGAUUAAAUAUCUCUUCUUUUCAUGGCUGGCUGUAUUUAUUGGCAGCUGGGUUGUGUACGUCCGCUACAGUUCCUAUACAGAGCUCUGCAGGGGACAUGAUUGCAAAACCACCAUAUGUGAUAAAUAUAGGAAAGGCGUUAUUGAUGGAUCUGCCUGUGAAGGACUUUGUUCAAAGGAAUCCCUAUAUUUUGGAAAAUGUUUAUCAACAAAACCCAACAACCAGAUGUACUUGGGAAUUUGGGGAAACUUGGAAGGCGUGAUAAAGUGUCAGAUGGAAGAUGCUUUACAUCUCGAUUUUGGAGCCGAACUAGAGCCGAGAAAAGAAAUUAUACUGUUUGACAAACCAACAAGAGGUACAACCGUGCAGAAGUUUAAAGAAAUGGUGCACAGUCUGUUCAAAGCCAAAUUGGGCGAUCAAGGUAAUCUCAGAGAACUUGUAAAUCUUAUACUGACGGCUGCUGAUGGGAAUAAGGAUGGGCAUGUGUCUCUCCCAGAGGCCAAGUCUGCAUGGGCGCUUUUACAACUUCAUGAAUUCUUGCUGAUGAUCAUCCUGCAAGAUAAGGAACAUACCCCAAAGUUGCUCGGGUUUUGUGGGGAUUUAUAUAUAACUGAGCGGGUGCCAUACACAUCACUAUAUGGAAUAAGCCUCCCAUGGCUCAUUGAAGUAUUUCUUCCCAUAGGCCUUAGAAAACGUAUGGACCAGUGGUUCACACCAUCCUGGCCCAGAAAGGCCAAGAUAGUUAUAGGUCUUUUGGAGUUUGUAGAAGACAUUUUCCAUGGACCUUAUGGUAACUUUCUCAUGUGUGAUGUAAGUGCCAACAAUUUUGGUUAUAACAAGAAAUAUGACUUGAAAAUGGUGGACAUGAGGAAGAUAAUACCUGAAAUGAGCCUGAAGGAUUUGAUCAAAGAUCGACCUUGUGAGUCUGACACAGAUUGCGUUUACGGUACCGACUGCAUUACUACGUGCAACCAAAGCAGAAAGAAAUGCACUGGAGACAUAACCCAACCAAAUCUGGCUAAAGUAUGUCUCUUGGUGAAAGACUAUCUGCUGCGUGGAACUCCUUCAGAAAUCCGAGAGGAGCUGGAAAAGCAGAUUUAUUCUUGCAUGGCCCUAAAGUCUUCAGCCAAGCACAUGGAAAUGGAACACUCAUUAAUAUUAAACAAUUUGAAAGCUCUGUUAUGGAAAAAAAUAUCGCAUACUAAUGAUUCUUAAGGGCAGACCUUUAUCAACUGGCAGAAGCUGUUACAGAAGCGUUUACUUUUACCAGUCCUGUCUGUCCUAUGCGAUUUUUAGUUCUUGUGAGAAUUUAGAAAUUGUGUGUGAGUUGGAACUCUAGGAAAAUGUCCACUAAACAAAAAAAAAAAGUAUUGUUCUCAUAACUCCAUAUGUGCUACUUUUCAGGAUUUUAUAAUGCUGUGAACCGGCCAAAAAUAUAGUUGUAGCUAAACCCAAUGGCCAAACGACCACUAGGGACGUAGAGUGGUUGAAUAGAAGCUGCUGUUUUAAAGGCAUUUUAGGACACGUUCAAGUUUACUGGUACUUAGCAUGGAAAAAUUUGCACACUAUGGUUUAGAAUAUAAAAAAACUAACAUGAAGUGUUACGUUGUAGUUUAAUUAUGGUGUUUUAACGCUUUUAGGUCAUGCUUCAUUCUAUUUUUAUAACUUAUCCACAAGACGGGUUCUGAGGACUCU